CUCUUGAUGAAAGUUAAAGUAAGGAUGAGGACAUGGAAUGUAUGCACAACGUUUGAAGCUGGCUAGCUGUCAAGGCUGCCCAGAUUGCAAGAGAGAUGAGGAAAUAUGGCAUAGAAGUGCUAGGAAUCUGCGAAAGCAGGUGGAAUGGAAGUCGACUCUUCAAAACUGUCAACUGGAGAGAAGAUUCAAUUAUCUAUUCCCAUAUCGUCACCCAGACGACAACCAUGAGCACACUGAGUUCUCGAGUGGCUAUCAUGAUGUCCCCAACAGCAUCGAAGGAUCUCAUACAGUGGGAAUCAGUCUCCUCAUGCAAGAUCAGGAUCAUGACAGCAAGAUGGAUUCAACUCGAGGGGAAGGAAAGUCACAAUGAUACAAUGCUACACUGUGCACCUACAAAUAAUUGAGCAGAUGAAGAGAAGAAGGAGGAAGGAAUUCU